AUGGAAAGUAGGAGAACCUGGGCAGAUAAGAGAACAACGUUUAAUGCCGACAUUCAUGAGAGCAGCCAAGUCGAAAUUUGCUCUCAACCAGGUUCAUAUAUUUACAUGACAGCUCAGCCUGGAGUCAGUCGUCAUGAGCUCGAACAAGAUAUUGAUAUUAUCAUCCGACACUUUUCGCCUGUUAAAAGCGAGGCCCCUGCAGAGUUCGAUAUAAAUCACAACCAAGUCUGUGGAGCUUGGGUUGAAGUACUUCCACUUGUCACCAAGACCGCAACGGACAAACCCUUCCUCAUAUCUGCGAUCAAGACAAUGGCGGCGGCUUUGCAGCAUGACGGUCUUACGACUGAGGAGUCUCAAUCCAGGAUGCUUGUAAUGUACGGAGGCUCGCUCCGUCAGAUGAGCAAAGCACUCGAGGAAGCCCAUGGUGUCUUUCAGUGGGAACAUUGUAUUGCGAUCAUGUGCUUGUCAGUGACUAAUCCUCUUACAUCACGUCAACCACUAGUCCAAGUUGUAUUUGCUGUUCAUUCACAACUCGGUCUAGGAGAAUUCAGUCUCGAGGGGAUCGAUACAGAAUAUAUCGAUCAGUCGCUCACCUCAAGAUUUGAUCUUGAGUUCCACUUCUUCCAGGAGAAGGAUGGGCUACGGGGAGAAGUUCUUUACUCAACAGAUCUGUACAACCCCGACACAAUCACGAAUAUGCUGUCCAUCUUUCAGAAGAUUCUAGAAACAACCCUGGCCAAUCCUCAAACAGGCGUCGGCUUGUUGCCUCUGUUCUCGAAUGAGGAUUUUUCCAAGUUCGACUCAUUCGGAUUGAUUGACAUAGAGAGAACCGAUUAUCAGGCUGACUGUACAGUCAUCGAUGCCUUCUGCGAACAAGUAGCCGUCUGCUCUAACGCAGUGGCAGUCAAAGACUCCUCCUCUACUAUGACAUACUCUCAGCUAGAUGAAAAGUCGGAUUCUAUUGCUCACUGGCUGAGGCGACGAUGCUUUGCCCCGGAGACUCUGAUUGGCGUUUAUGCUGGCCGAUCUUGUCAGACAGUUGCUGCAUAUCUCGGCAUCUUGAAGGCAGGACUCGCGUAUCUUCCCCUCGAUUCGAAGCAACCCCUCGGCCGAAUAGAGAGCAUCGUGUCUUCAGUCGACCGCUUCGGUACCAUGCUGCUUGGACCCGAUAUGGAGGUUCCUCAUCUCAGUUCGAAGGAUAUUGAGUACCUUCAUAUCGAUGAUCUUUUGCAACCUCGAGUCAAUGAAAACGGGAACCUAGCCAACGGAUUCUCAGAAAGCCUUCCCUCUGCUACGAGUCUGGCAUAUGUCAUGUUCACCUCAGGAUCAACUGGUCGACCGAAGGGUGUCAUGGUCGAACACAGGAGCAUCUUAAGACUGGCCACACAUAGCAACGUGAUCCUUCACAGACGGAAUGCCGUGACGGCUCACAUAUCUAACACGGCCUUCGACGCAUCAACAUGGGAGAUCUACGUAACACUCCUAAAUGGUGGUACGCUAAUUUGCUUUGAUAACAUGACAGUGCUCGAUUACGAAGCAUUGUCAAGCAUGUUUGUACAUGAAAGGAUUGAAUCUGUCUUCAUGACUCCUGCUCUUUUCAAGCAAUACCUAUCCCAAUGUCCCGACGCUAUAAGAGUUCUCGACACCCUUUACGUGGGAGGAGAGAGACUCGACCCCGAGGAUGUAUAUACAGCUCGUGGCAUCAUGUCUGGCAAAUUGGUACAAAUUUAUGGUCCGACUGAGAACACAGGAUUCAGCACAUAUUAUCAUGUACCACCUGAGGAGACGUAUACCGACAGAGUACCUAUCGGUCGUGCAUUGAGUAAUUCCGGCGCAUAUGUUAUGGAUCCGCUGCAGAAGCUCGUCCCGCUAGGCGUAGUGGGUGAGCUAAUAGUCACAGGGGACGGCUUGGCGAGAGGCUACAUUGAUCCUCAGCAGAACCUCAAUCGAUUUGUUUCAGUCACAAUUCGUGACGGUGAGAAGGUCCAAGCUUACAGAACAGGUGAUUACGUCCGUCAUCGCCCAGCUGAUGGCCAGCUCGAGUAUUUCGGCCGGAUCGACGGACAAAUCAAGAUUAGAGGACAACGUGUUGAGCUGGGCGAAAUUGAGCACGUCAUUCGCACACACUCGUCGGUAGAUGACGCUGCAGCAGUGUUGCAGUAUGGAAGCACUGAAGAUGCCCAGAUAGCGGCUUUCAUCACUUUGCGCAGACUCGAAACUGGAAGACAAGCUCUUGCCAGUGACGCGCCAGUCGCCGAUGACGACAACGAAACACGACAGGUUAGCGUAUGGGAAGGGCUUUUCGAUGAAGACACCUACGAGUCUAUCGACAAAGUACAAACAGAGACCAUAGGGCGAGACUUCAUUGGCUGGACUUCCAUGUACGUGUCAGAUUAG